AUGUCUCCUUCCAAAAUCAAAGACGAACUCCGUAUCUUCACGCCCAUCGGUCAAUUAGGGCAGGGCUGGAGCGAGCAGAUUUUCUGGGACGCCCUUGAAUCUGGAAUUGACGGCAUCAUCAUCGAUGGCGGCUCUACUGACAGUGGGCCAGGCCGUCUGGCACAGGGACGAACCAAUGUCCCCAAAGCAGGGCUUGAGCGAGAUCUGCGAAAUCUGGCCAAAGCCUGUCAAGUAUACAAUGUUCCCGUCCUUAUUGGAUCUGCUGGUGGUGAUGGCGAAAAUGCCAUGGUGGACAUGUGUGCCAACAUCAUUGCCGAAGCGGUCCGGGACAAUGGCUAUCGUCCCAUGAAAGUCAUCAGUAUCUAUUCUGAGAUUCCAAAGGAUCACAUUCGCCAGAAGCUCAAAGACGGUCUCAUCAGUCCUUGCGGCGGAGCUGUCCCUGAACUUACCGAGCAUGACAUUGCCACAAGCACCCGAGUUGUCGCACAGAUGGGACUGGAGCCGUUUCUACAAGCGAUGCGUGACAAUCCUGGCUUUGACGUCAUCGUCGGUGGUCGAGCUUAUGACCCGGCCCCUUAUGCUGCCUUUUGCCUUUAUCAUGGCUUCGAAGAUAUGGGCGUCAACUAUGCUAUGGGGAAGAUCAUGGAGUGUGGUGCUCAGUGCUCAAUUCCAAAAUCAAGAGAGGCAAUUGCAGUUGUCCGUCGCGACAGCUUCGAUAUGAUUCCUCUUGAUCCAAAAUCAAGGUGCACGACGGUCUCGGUUGCUUCCCACUUCUUGUACGAGAAGACCAGACCUGAUGUCCUGCACGGACCCGGUGGAGCUCUCCACCUCGGCGGCACCACUUACGAGCAGCUCGAUGAUCGCAGUGUGCGUGUUAGAGGCGCCAAGUUCCAACCAGAGCCUGAAGGCGAAUAUACCGUCAAACUCGAAGGCGCCCGCAACAGCGGCUAUCACACCAUCUUUGUUGGAGCACUUCGAGAUCCUAUUUUGCUCUCCCAGCUUGACCCCUGGGUCACCACUAUUGAAGCUUCAGUCAAAGAGAAAAUGGCGCACAUUAAAUUUGAUUUGAAGAUUCACAAAUACGGACAUGACGGUGUCAUGGGUCCUCUGGAGUACGACAGAACCACAGUGCCCAAAGAAGUCUGUAUCUGUGGGCAAGUUCGAGCUCCGACUCAAGAUGAAGCGAAUCAGGUGGCCAGCAUGACCAAGUUUCAUUUCACUCACUUACCAUAUCCUGGUCAACUUGCCACGGCCGGAAAUUUCGCAUGGCCCUUCACACCAUGUGAAAUCCCCAUGGGCCCGCUUCCCGAAUUUUGUGUGUACCACAUCAUGCACAAAUCUGAUCCUCUGACCUUGUUCCCUAUCAAGGUUGAUGACGUCCAUGGCCCUCCAAAAGUCGAGCAAUCCAAAGCUGCAGCUAAGACCACGGCAGUGAAAUCGGAGGGAUCACCCCAGAAGUACUACCUGAAACCGGAACCAGCUGAAGGUACCUGCUACCUCGCUGACGUUGCGUCAGUUCUUCGCAGCAAAAAUUCCGGUCCCUACGAAUUGACCCUAGACGUCAUGUUCCCUGACCACGAGAUUUAUGAAAAGGUCAAGAAGGCGGGCAUCUUGGAACGAGAGACCGUCUCCAAGUUGUAUAAAGUCGCCGAAAACGAUGUCCUCGCCUCCCUAUUCUUCGACCAAGCAAUGGCAUAUAAAGCGACUAUCAAGAGGCCAUCAGUGUCAGGAGGAUUUGCCGAGACAGAUACGCAUGGUUCGCAACAGCAUAUCCCUCUCAUGUACCUGACAUUACCAUGGGGUAGAGACCCGGAUGUCGAGGUUCUCUGCGUCGAGAGCGUUAAGGACAAAGACACAACACCACCUUUAGAGACAGCCUAUGUCUACCGGAAACCCGCGAGACCACCUCCCAAGACAGGCUUGGAGAAGAGAUUGGUCUGGAAGAUGGAUUUGCUGCCCGUCCCGCAGAUGGCGUUGAUGUAUUUCAUUACGUUUCUGGAUCGAAAUAGCUUUGGAAAUGGUCGGAUCAUGGGACUUCAGAGGGAUCUCCAUAUGAUGAACCAGGAUUAUUCGAGUGCUGCGCAGCUUUUCUUUGUCGGAUACCUGCUUUUCAUGCUACCUGGAAACAUCUUUCUCCGCUGGAUCUCUCCUUACUUCGUUUUCGGAUGCGGGAUCAUAUCCUUUGGAGCUUUUCUCUGUGGCAUGUCAGGCGCCCAAAGCUACGGGACGGUCCUCGCAAUGCGGAUCAUGAUCCGGGUAGCACAGGCGUUCGUCCAAGGUAUCGGAAUGUAUUCGGCCCUUUGGUAUACGCGAACGGAAGUGGCAACACGAGGUGCACUAUAUUUCUCCGCAGCGACAUUAUCAGGAGCCUUCAGUGGCCUUAUAUCCUACCGAAUUGCCCAAAAUCUGACCGAGGAAAAGACCGGAUGGGAGCCAUGGCGCUGGCUACUUCUGAUCGAAGGAUUGAUGGGCGUAUUCAUCGGUAUCUUAAUCAUUGUCCUCCUCCCUGCUUUCCCGGAUCAAAUGAAAAAAGGCAAAAAUUGGCUCUUCUCAAAGGAAGAAAUCCAACUUGCCAUACAGAGGUCAUCUGGCAAGUCAUUUGCCUUGUGGUCAAUCUACCCCGAUGCGUUCUGCAAGGCAAAUCUAUCGACAGGUGCGUCACAGCGUGGAAUACCAGGGAUUCCAAACUUCGUUGGCCUCAAGUCUGCGCUGAUGGAUCCCAAAGCAUGGUCCUUUGCGCUGAUCCAAGGAGGAGCAAGUCUUCCGGUCACUUCGAUUGGAAUAUUUCUACCUUCGUUCAUCCGAGGCUUUGGCUUCAGCGAUAUCGACGCCCAACUGUUCUCCGUCAUCCCGUACGCCUGCGCGUUCGUCGUCCUUCCUACUAUGUGCAUGAUCAGCGAUCAAAUCAACCGUAAAGCACCCUUUAUCAUUCUUGGUUUCAUAGCGGCUGCUGUCGAGCAUCUCAUAUUGCUAUUCGUCGAGUCCACAGCGGUCAAGAUCGUGGGUACCUGUUUUAUCUGUGCAGGCGUGUAUUCCUCCGUCGUUCUCGAUGUCACCUGGUUGGCGAUCAAUAAUGGCGGAUUCACCAAGCGAGGCACGACAUGGGCUUUGGCAGAGAUGGUCGGUCAAGCAUUUGCUAUUAUGGGCGCCAAUGUAUACGAUGACAGACCUCGGUAUGUCAAAGGCCAUUCAAUCGCUUUGGCGUUCUUGCUCCUUGCUAUUGUGCUCGUGAUGGUCAAUUGGGCCUGGAUGAGGCAUGGUAACAAGAAGAGAGAUCGAAUUCUGGCUGAGUAUGGGGAAAGAAAUGAGGUUCAUCCUGACACCAACAAGUCAUUGGAAGAGAGGUUUGAUUAUCACAUCAACUCCAGGUACACUCUAUGA